UUGUGUGUGUUGAUGGAAGCAGAGAAGCAAGUUGAGUGGGGAAGAAAGGCAUGGGAACUGCUAUCCCUAAUUCGAAUGGAAUCUCCAUUGAUUCAGUGCAUAACAAACUUUGUAUCCAUGGACCUUAUGGCCAACACACUCUUAUCUGCGGGUGCAUCACCUGCUAUGGUGCACUCUCUGCAGGAGAUCCCUGAUUUCACACCUCACGCACGAGCUUUGUGUAUUAAUAUUGGCACUCUUUCACCUUCUUUGUUACCAGCUAUGAAUGCUGCUGCUGAACUUUGCUCCAACUUGGAUACACCAUGGAUUCUCGACCCAGUUGCUCUUUCUGUCUCUGAUUUCCGUUUCAACGCUUGCGUUGAGCUUCUUCGCUUCAAACCUUCUGUUAUUAGGGGUAAUGCCUCUGAGAUCAUUGCUCUUUCCAUGGCUUCCCUUCAACACACCAAUACCAAUACCAAUACCACCAAGGGUGCGGACAGUGUUCACAAUUCAACGGAUGCAAUUGAAGCUGCAAAGUUAUUAGCUCAAACAAGUGGUGCCAUAGUUGCAGUGUCAGGAGCCACUGACAUUGUCACAGAUGGAAAUCAAGUUGUUGGUGCUCACAAUGGGGUGGCAUUGAUGCAAAAAAUUACAGCAAGUGGGUGUUCAGUCACUGCACUGAUUGCUGCCUUUGUUGCAGUUGACAAAUGCCAUGCUUUAGAUGCAGCAGUGUCAGCAUUAGCUGUAUUUGGUGUUGCUGGUGAGCUAGGAAUGAAGAUGGCUAAAGGUCCUGCAUCAUUGCGAAUGCAUUUGAUAGAUGCGCUAUAUGGGCUUGAUGAAGCUACCUUGCAAUCCCAUGUUAACAUCACUAGUUUGUGUUGAAAUGUGAAGAUCCACAUGUACCUCAUGUAAAUUGGUCUUUUAUCAUUAUAUAUGUAUUAAUCAUAGUUGUCUUACCAUCUGUUGAACAUUAAGAUGGAUCAUUAAUUGGUUGAUAUGUGUAGUGAUAAGUCCAUGAAAUAAUACUUACAAUGUAUGGUUUUUAAUAUGAAAAUAUAAAAAAAAGAAUACACUUUGUGUUAAUAGAUACCCCAAAUUGAAUUAAGGUGGAUGAUUCUGAUUUAAAUGCUAAUGGGUUUUUUUCUUUCUUAUUUGCAUUCUUCAGGCCCAAUUGUGAUACAGCCCAAGGAAAGAGAAAGGAAAUAAUAGAGAAAUGAGAAAGCAAAUCAGUGGCCCAAAAGAAAAGAAAAGAAGAAGAGAGAAAGAAGUCAGAAUCGUGCGUCUUCUGAAAGAGAAAGAAAAAAACCCUAGCAUAGACCGUCUAAGUGAGCCUACUCCAUCUCAAGCUCUCCAUCACGGUUCCCUCUCUGAAUCGAGCAAGUAAACCAAAAAACAUCCUCUGAUUUUCAACCUAGAUAUAGAACCAUCACUUUCCACCACGGUUCAGUUUUUGAAUCGGACCAACUUACAAAAACCCUAACACCUUGUCUCUCGAACCGAACCCUAACCCUCAUACAACCCAUUUCCAUCGUUUGCACCCUUUCUACCUGAUUGACGCACCAAACCACACAAUAUCGCAAACAAACCAAAACCUAGCCACUAUUUUGGAUUCAGAAAAAGCCAAACAAAGAUUCGUUACUUAGUGGAUGCUGGAGCGAUUGUGAGCACACGUCAGUGUACGGUUUGAAGGAACGACAAUUCCAUCCGAUUUGUAAGAGCAGA